AUGACCUUAGCGAUGGCAGUUCAAAUGACGUAAAUUUUUUUUAAUCGAGUAAUAUGCUGAUUUGUAAAAUCCCUAUUUGGAUUUUUCAACUUUGAGCUUUUACAUUGAGCAAUUUUAGAUAGAACUAUACUUUCGGAAUAACUAGAAAUUCUCUUCCUCAAAAAUUUCAACUAUGAGAAGCAGAAAAUAGUCUGCAAUAUUUUUUUAACAAUAAAUUCAAUUUUUCAGAUCUUACAACAGGAAAAGCAAUGAAGAUGUCAAAGGUUAGCCCUGCCCGAAAAAAAAAAUCAAAUAUUUCAAAAUUUGAAGGCUCGUCAACAUGCAGUAGUAGUAGUAGUCAAGACGAUCUCAUCGCAAAAGGGUCUGAUAAUUUUCACUUGCAUCGUGAUCGCACGCGGAAUGGCUCUGAGCCUAGGGCUGGCAAUAAAGCACACCCGACCAGACACAGCCUGCUCUUGUAACCGCAACGCGGCCGCGACGCUUUGAGCCAUUCCAAAUGCGGUCAAGAACUUCCCACUCUGUUCAGUACUCUUCAUUUGUCUCGUUGACGCACUUGGAAUGGCUCCAAGAGUCGAAUUAGCAAUGAAACGCGUCUGACCGAAACGAUUCACGCCCUGAGGCAUUAGAAAAUAUUAGAGCAAACUGCGAAAAAUGCUGAAAUGGCUCUGAAUAAAAUUCCAAAAACAACGCUACCGCAAAGCUCUGAGCCAUUCCAAAUGCGACCAAAAGAUUCUUGAUUCUUCCUCCCUUUUAAAAAUGAAAAAUUCUAGCUUUGUACAAGCGGCAGACGAGUUUCUAUUCGAUAUAAACACGGGAAACGCGAGUAAAAAGACAAUCGGCGAAUUCGUCAGAUCUUUCAGCAAAUCGAGCGUCUUCAGCGAGUUUGUCACGUUUACUGAUGUUGAAAAAACUGGAAGAAUCGGGAAAGAAACUCUUUUUUGUAGUACUCAAUUCUUCGCAACCGAAACUGUUGGUCAUUUUAUGAGCACCCGCUACUGAACCGAUUCUACGAGAUUCCGCUCUUCGAGGCGACUAGAAUCAAGGUCAGUUGAGGUCAAGUUUCGGGAAACUUUCCUAGUCUAUAGUAAGGUAGAGCUUACAUUUUUGGUUGAUUCGUGCAAGAUAUGAACAAUUUUUCGAUUUUGUGAGAAUCUGAGUAUCUCUGAGAGGUUUCAACGCCGCCUGAUUUCAAUUUUUGAAAGUCUUGAAGAUUUUUUUAAAGUUAGAAAAUCGAACAGCAUUUCGCACUAGUAGAGCAUAAGAAGCCAGAUUUUAGGUGCCACACGAGUCCGGACACGACUACAUUCACGCGAGCGAGGUGGACGGAUUCCGCGAACGUGGCAAGUUUAUCAUCACCCAGGCGCCGCUGGCCGCCUCGACCGAGCAGUUUUGGCUGAUGCAGUGGCUGAACAAAGUUCCCAUCGUCGUGUCUCUCACCGAGAUGGUCGAUGAAAAUGUUCGUAUUUUUAUUUUUGUAAAAUGUAUGAAGAAAUGCCUAUUUUCGUGAUCCCAACAAUCAGAUGCGGUAGGUAUGUUUGAGACACGAUAGUCAGAAAAAAUUGAUUUUCUGAUUCGAAAUAAAAUAAUUUUUGGUCAUUAGUCGCUUUUGGCUAUGUCGAAGACAUUGAAAAAUCGUAUUUUCUUUUUUUCGUGCAAGCUUUGAGGCGUCAUGACUUGACUAAAAAACAGAAAACCUGAUAAGUCCUUUUUCUAGAGUCAGAAUGCUCUAAAAAACGUAUAAACCUGGUACAAGAAAAUUCUCGAAACUUGUAUUUUUUUGGUUUCUUCAUGAGAAUUUUUCUCGAUUUCUUAAAGAUGAAAAGUUCAGAAGUUACCAAUCCUUCCGAAAAAGCGAGGCGAAAGUAUGAAGCUUGGGAAAAUUUCAAUUGAAAUUUUACACUGUCGCCACGUCCGCAACUCUUAUGAUUCUGCUGUUCUCAAGGUGAAACUGGGUCAUUCUGUAGGCUUUCCAAGUCGGGAUGAAACACUGUGAAGUGUUUUAGUAUGAGGCUGAACACGGGUAUAAAAAUAUUCGGAGUUUUGGAGAAAAAAAAAUUGAAAAAAAAUUAUUUCAAGCCCUAGUUUGCAAACUUUACAGAAUGUCGGAAAAGGACGUAUUUGAAGAUUUCGAAUCGUAACAACUAGACAAUGAAACAAGUAUUGAAAAGAACCUUUUUUUCCUGCAUUCAGGAGAUUCUAAAGUAUCAUACUGAAAAGUAAACUGAGAACUCCAGAUUCAACACGACAAUGAGCCGCCUCGCAAGCUAUUACUCUUAUCUUUUCAUUCCUGGGGCCACAAAGGCACGCCAAGAAGACCGACGGAACUGCUCGACCUCGUCGCCGACGUCAACUACAACCGUGAACUCCUCAGGCGACAGGCUAUUGCCGGCCAGUGGCUGAAGCCUGAUGAGAAGUCUCUCUGAAGACCUUUCGGAAGACGUCACGGUCUUCAGAUUCCCGGUGACGUUGAUGUGCUUCUCGGGCGUCGGGAGGAGCUGCGUCGUGGCAGGGUUGGAUGUCCUUUGCCGGCGUCUGGAGGCGUCGGCGGCUCUGGGAACUCCUCUCGUCGAUGUUCUCGACACUGUCAAGAGGGUGCGAAUUCAGCGCGCUGGCGCCUUUCCGGUGAGAUCAGAUUUGUUUAGUCAAAGCCAUUCCAGCUACCAACUUCUGAAUCGUUCCCGAGCUUGAACUUAAUAAAAAUCCUCCUGAAGCUUGAGAAGCCAUUCCUUUUCAUUUCCUAGCCAUUCCGAUUUUUGCCAAAAAAAAAACUUUAAAAAAAAUCUAACUUUAAGAGUCCGGCUUUUUUGCUCUAACUCUUUACUACUGCCAAGACCUUCUUGUCACUGAAAUCGGCCGAAUUUACAUUUUAGCCAGAAGCCCUCUAAAUUAUCGGAGAUCCUCAGAAGUAUUCUCACGCGAAAAUUUCCAGAAACCUGAGCAAUACCUCUAUCUAUCAAUGGCAGUACUGGAAUUCGGCAUCCGAACCAAACUCAUCCCCAAUAACGUCCUCAAUCAGAUCGAUCUCAUCAACUACAUGCAUCAGCAAAACGAAAUGGAAUAG